AGGCCCUGGGGACGAAUGUCUUGGACUCUGUUGCUCUUCAGACCCUGGGUCCCUUUUCUCUGGAUCUUCCCAGUGUUCGUCCUCUCAUCGUCCCCUGCUUCUCCCUUUCUCCUCACGUUUGUCACCCUUCCAUUCCCCACAGCCUUUCAGGGGCCCACUUCUUACCAGGUCAUCCAGAUCUCGUCCUUCAUCAACAGCAGCUGGGCCCAGAGCCAGGGCUCAGGCUGGGUGGGCGACGUGCAGAUUCACGGCUGGGACAGUGCCGCAGACAGGGCGGUCUUCCUGAAGUCCUGGUCCAAGGGCAACUUCAGUGACGAGGAGGUGGCGGAGCUGGAGGAGCUCAUCCAGGUCUAUCUCAGCGGGUUUGUCCUGGAAGUGCAGGACCACGCCUCCGAGUUCCAGAUGCAGUACCCCUUUGAGAUCCAGGGCAUAGCCGGCUGUCAGCUGCACCCUGGCGGGGGCACCGAGAGCUUCCUGCGGGGGGCUCUGGGAGGACUGGACUUCGCGAGCCUCAAGAAUUACUCCUGUGUGCCCGCCCCAGAGGGCGGCAGCAGGGCACAGCGCAUCUGUGAGCUCACUAGUCAGUACAAAGGCAUCCGGGACAUCGGGGAGAAGCUCCUCUUUGAAACAUGCCCUCGGUAUCUCCUGGGCGUCCUCGAUGCAGGGAAGACAGAACUGCAGAGAAAAGUGAAGCCUGAGGCCUGGCUGUCCGCUGGCCCCCGUCCCGGUCCUGGCCGUCUGCUGCUGGUGUGUCACGUCUCCGGCUUCUACCCGAAGCCUGUGUGGGUGAUGUGGAUGCGGGGUGAACAGGAGCAACAGGGCACUCAGCGAGACGACGUCCUACCCCAUGCUGAUGGGACGUGGUAUCUCCGAGUGACUCUGGAUGUGGCGGCCCGGGAGGCAGCUGGCCUGUCCUGUCAAGUGAGACACAGCAGUCUGGGAGGCCAAGACAUGGUCCUCUACUGGGGAAACCCCAUCUCCGUGGUCUUGAUAUCGUUGGCAAUAAUAGUGCCCCUCUUGAUCCUUUUGAUUGGUCUUCCCUGUGGGUUUUUGAGACGCUGGUCAUAUCAGAGUAUCUCAUGAACCCUUGUCAUGACUCCUCUUCCAUCUGGAAGAAGCACCCAGAAGCCUAGAAGCUCAAGCCAUCAGCCUCCUAUUUCAUCAAACAAUCCUGCUAUUUGAUCACGUCGAGUUCCCAUAGGAUGCAAGAUAAAUCACUACUUACAACUAGCAGAAAAGUAAUAGAAAACCGUCAAUUUAUUAUGAGAUGGUAUCAAUAGUACGGUCGCCCUGAUCUACA